AUGCUUACCAAAAAAGAGAAACUACUCAUCCGCCCAUGGCAGAUGCAGCGUUACAUUAAUCAUAGAAUAAAGGUUGUGACUGCCAUGCCGGCUAUCGAUUUCCAUCCACCACCGGAAAGGAUUCAUAUUACCCAAAAGUUGAAGAAACAACAAAAGGAACUCGAAAGGAAGGAGAAAAUCGAGCAGGAAAACAUUCGGCUUCUGCAACGCCUUGGGGCCAUAAUGAGCAAGAAACGUCUUGAUAAUAUCUGGACCUACACCCGUCCGAACUUCCUGAGCAGGGAAUACAUCUACCCGGUCCGCCCCAAGACCGCUCCGGAUUCGUCGGGUUAUCCUCGAUCAUCAGCCAGAAAGAUUGCCGAUGUAACUACCUCUCCGCUGGCCAAGGGAAGCAAAUCAACCCGUUGUACCGCCUGCAGCACAUCAGCUCGCUUAUCAACACAACUAAAUCGGGUAACUCCAGAAGGUCGUAUGCCCUGGGCCCCACAGAAGAAAACUACCAACCGGAAACUGCUGCAGGAGGCUGAAACUGAACAACACGUUUGCUGUCGAUUCUGCUGCUGCUGA